UGUAGGCGAAACGAACAAACCUACGGAUCGAGAGAUCCGAGUGGGAGGUGAUACGGAAAUCGGUUCCACGGGAGAGAUCUCUACGGUUCGGAGACUGAUCGGUGAUUCGUGACAAGAUCUUUCCGUGUUUUCUGCGUUGUCAGGGUGAUGAUGGAAAAUUUGUCAGUGACAAAAGGAGCUAGAUAUGUCGCUUAUUCUUCGUUAAGAAGACUAAUAGAACGAAGUUAACGAUUUUAACACUAGAACUACCGGCGGAUUUUUUUUGUAUAGAAUGGGCCAUUUUAAACCAGUCAUUUUUACUGGUCUUGGUAGUUCUAGUGUUAAUUCCAGUGAAUGCCUGAUUUCUUUCCUUUGCCCCUUACUCCGAGUGGCGAUUACGGAGUAAAAGGGAAAUCCUAUCCCUAUCAACCUUUCGGACGUAUUUAAUGGAGAUUAUUUAAGUAAAGUUGAAAAUUUAUAUUCCGGAUAUAUGACUCGAGAGAAAUUAAUACGCAAUAUUAAAAAAAAAAAACUGGGAGUAAUGAAAAACCCUUGGAAAUACAAUCCUCUUGACGGAAUACAUAACAUUUUAAUACAGAUAAGCUUUGUUAGAAUUAAAAGGGAUUAAACAACGUAGAAGUAUAAUCUUUAGGGAAUUCAACAUAGAUUAAAGUGCACUGUGUGGAUAGACUAGAAUUGAAAUUUAUGGAGUAUUCGUUUCUCUUGUGUAAAUAUCGCUUGUGGGGGAAAAUCGUCACUUCUACGUUGAAAUUUUGACAUUUUUAAUCCUAUCUUAUUCAAACGUCCUAGGUAGACCCUUGAUGAAACCCGUAAUAUAGAAUCGAUCUAUUAUGUAAGAAACUUCCAUCAUUGAACUGAAAUUAUCAGUCAAAAGUUCCUGAAAAAAAUAUUUUAUCAAUGCAUCGCCUCUUAGGAUAUUAUUUAUAUUUAAUUAAUUAAUCGAAUUGGUCAAAUGUAGAAAUUCCAUUGUUUGGUUUUUCUAGAAUUUUCUAGAAUUCAAUAGAAUGUGUGUAUUAGAUCAUUUGAUUGAAUAUAUUGUGAUAUGCUUAUUUGAUAAUGCAAAUCGAUUUCAAGUUCGACAUUGGUUUCAAUCAAAGAAAACAAAUUCAAUCACGAAAUUUUUUUGUUUUUACAUCAUUCUCGUUAUCGGGUGAUCUAAUAGAAAAUUGAUAGCGACAGGAAAAGCCUUGGUACCUUGUAAUCGGUUGAGAAUGGCCUGCAAUACAUGAUUAAUUUGAAAAAUGGGACAUUAAUAUCUUUAAAUAAGAGAAACAUCGAUCAUUUAAAAAUGUCAAAAAACAUAUUUCAAUGAAGAAUCGUUAUUCAAUAAAUUAUUGAUGUUUCAUUGAUUAGAUCAGCCUGAUUCGAGAAUUCGUGGGUUGAUCCAUCUAGGAUGACCUGGUAUAAAAUGUAUUUAUUUAAUAGUUUAAGUCAGCCUGAUUACGGGAUUCCAUUGUUGAUCCAUGAUAAGCUCUUUCAAUGCUUCCGUAUUAUCGGGUCGACUUAAGUAGAAAAUUAUUGAUCACAAGAACUGACACGAUAUCUUGCUUGUAAUACGUUGGAACUGAUCUACAACUUGUAAUUGCCUUGUGGAAUAUAAACUGAAGGUUAUCAAGUAAAAAAGACCAUAUGGAAAUAACUGCAAAAUUAUCUAAGCGCGGAGUCAUGCGUUGGAAAUUUACAUUUAACAGAUUAUGUUCAAGCCAAUUGUCUUAUUUAUUAUAACAUGAAAUUAUAUUAUGUUUAAAAAUUAUAUUUCGGGAUAAAAGUCGGAGUUAAUUGAUUGGAAAUAAAUGAGUCGUCAAAAAUAGUAACAUGUUUUUUAGAUAAGAAUUAGAGUUUAAUUUUCUUCGUAUGGUCAUUGCAUGAACCAACGGGUUUUUAACUGCAGGUAUUACUACUUUUAUCUUUCAUUAUAAAACCUAUAGAUUUUUACAUUUAAUAUCAAACGCUUACUUGUACCACAACUCUUAAUUGAAACAAAUGAUCCAUAUCAUAAUGAUUGAUAUUCACUGUAGUCACGAUUCUUCGAAACGCAUUUUCUUCGAAAAAUGUCCCGUCACGCGUAAUUAUAGUACGUUUCUGAUAUAGAUAUGACUAAUAUAAUUCCUCAAGAUCAAACAUUUCACUGAUAAUAAAGUUCCAGCAUUUUUUUAACGUACCAUUAACGAUUUAUCACGAUGAACUAGAGGAUCAACUAUAAAUGCUCUUUCACGACCAGUGGCAUUAUGUCUUCUUAUGCUACUUCAUGAUUAAAAUCCAUGAUUUCUUGAAUGAAUAACCCCUCGAUUUUAGUCCACUCAUACACCGCUCGAAGAUGAGCAUCGUUAGAUCAGUGAAAAUCUUAGAUCCUGGGUCCCAAUUCUGGGACCACUUUCUGUGGAACCAACCAUUGGCGUUAUGUCUCCUUAUCCUACUUCAUGAUUAAAAUUCACGAUUUCUUGAAUGAAUAACCUCUCGGUUUUGUUCCACUCGUAUGACGCUCGAAGAUGAACAUCAUUAGAUCAGCGAAACUCUGAGAUCCUGGGUCCCAAUUCUGGGACCACUUUUUGUAGAACCAACCAUUGCCGUUAUGUAUCCUUAUGCUAUUUCAUGAUUAAAAUCCAUGAUGUCUUGAAUAAAUAACCCCUCAGUUUUGCUCCAUUCGUCCGACGCUCGAAGAUGAACAUCGUUAGAUCAACGAAACUCUGAGAUCCUGGAUCCCAAUUCUGGGGCCAUUUUCUGUGGAACCGACCAAUUGCGUUAUGUCUCCUCAUCCUAUUUCAUGAUUAAAAUCCAUGAUUUCUUGAAUGAAAAACGACCCUAGAAGAUGUACGAAAUUUCGCAAGAUGGUUCGAUCUCGCUCGGAUCCUAGAUCUCCCUCUCCCUCCUCCUGUCGAUAGGUCGCUCGACGUAACGACUCGUGAUAACAACUCGUGGCAAUAAUUGGAGCACCUGUCGUAACAGAGCACGUGAGUCACGCGCACCUGCGCGAUGCCGCUCUUCAGGCCGAAAUCCUCGCCGAAGAGUUCGGCGGAGAAAGCAGGCGCCGGUAACGGGCCCCACUACGAGGUCCACGACGGGGUCCCCGGGACCGGGACCGGGACCGGGACAGGAAACGGGACGAAGAGGCAGCAUUCCCAGGAACGGACCGCCCUGAGUGGCCCCGCGAAGCCCCAGCUGGUCUUCCGCUGCCAACUGGCCCACGGGAGUCCCACUGGCCUCAUAUCCGGGUUCGCCAAUGUCAGGGAACUCUACCAGGAGAUUGCCGAGUGCUACGUCAUGGCGCCAGAGGAUAUCCUCUUCUGCACGCUGAACACGCACAAAGUCGACAUGGCCGAGUUACUGGGUGGUCAAAUAGGCUUGGACGAUUUAAUCUUCGCGCACGUGAAAGGAAGACCGAAAGAGGUGGAACUGGUCAAAACGGAUGACGCACUUGGACUUACAAUCACCGACAAUGGUGCUGGUUAUUCGUUCAUCAAACGAAUCAAGGAAGGCUCGGUGAUCGAUAAGGUUAAAGUAAUCGAAGUAGGAGACCACAUCGAGAAAAUUAAUUCCGAGUAUCUGGUCGGAAGGAGGCACUUCGAAGUAGCGAGGAUGCUAAAGCAGAUUCCCAAGGGCUGUAAAUUUACUCUGAGACUAGUCGAGCCCUUGAAAAAUGGAUUUGCCAGUAUCGGACCUAGAAGUGACAUUAGGAAAGGGAAGAAGCAGGCUUACGGGUCUGGAAAAGAGACACUGAGGUUUAAGGCUGACGGUAGCGCUCAAAUUGAAAAAGUGAUCGAUGAUGCAGCUAGUGUGGGAAUAGACAAGAUUAACGCCAUUCUGGAGAACUUCAUGGGCAUAAAUGACAAUGAAUUAGCCACUCAAAUUUGGGAGUUAGCGGAAGGAAAGAGCAACAGUAUGGAUUUCGCAGAAGCAAUCGAUAAUUCGGAUUUGGAGGCGUUUGGAUUCACUGACGAUUUUGUCAUCGAACUUUGGGGUGCUGUCACGGACGCCAGAGCUGGUCGCCUUCAAUGAAAUCUAUUAACGAUCUGUAAUAAUCGAUUGUAUAGGUCUCGUGUUGAAGGACUUUGAAAUCGACAUUUUGCCGAAUUCUCCGUUGAGAUUAAUUUUUAAGUACGGACACAAAAUGUUAUUUCUUGACCAAUCCCGAUCAAACGAAACCACCUGGUAAAAUGUCUAUUUCGAGCUUCAAUAGAAUAAAACGAAACAAUUGACAUUCAGAAGUGCCUAAAUAUAGAUUUAAAAAAAUACAUAAUUAAAGCUGCGUCGUUCAAUAUAGAACAAACUUUGCAUUAUGUCAUUAUAAUUAUUCUAGGGCAAUAGAGAAAGAAUGCAAUAAGCUGACACUCAUUAACCUUGAAAAUGCUUCGUGUAAUUACACAUAGAUCGUAUGCACGAUACGUCAUUCGGCUUAAGUGAACUGCAAGUUGUACAAAUGUCACCGAAUGGAUUGCAAUGAAUAGGUCAUUCGGUCAUACCAGAAUUUUAAGAUAUACAUUAUUUUUAAACGUCAUACGGUCAGCACGGCGUAACCAGUAUUUAAUGUAAAAUGUACUAGUAGCGGUUAUGUAUGUACAAGAUUAUACUAUAGUAAUAUAUAUACAUACAACAUGAUUACGAUAAUUCCAGUAGGAUCAAAGGGGACGUGUAAAAAAUAUUUAAGAAAUAAAAAGCCAAGUUUUCUACCAAA